AUGUGUCUAAGGAUCCAUAAAUGCAACUCCUUUGCGCAACCGAGAUUUGGAUCGACAGCGAUUAGCGAAAAGGCUAUUCGUUGCACAAGAUUUCAACACUGUGAACAAAAAAGAAGGCACAAAGUGCAAUUUUCAGUCGGUGAUUUCGUACUGAUGCACCGGGACUCUCAGAUGCACAUAAGCAAGAGCGACUAUGAGUUUCUUGAUCCUUAUGAGGUGGUUAAGUGCUUGGAAAAUGGACGUUAUGAGAUUAAGAAGGUUGGAACGACCAUCAUAACAAAGGCAGCUAAGGAACAGCUAAGAUCAUGGCCUGUACAGUGGUCCUCCAAUGUUGAUAUGGGAGAUAUACUUGAGCUUUAG